GGAAUGUAUCAGUAUAUUUCUGAUAGAGGCUCGCCAAAUUACGCCAAUUCCUUUUACUUAAAUGAUAGGACAAACAAUUUGAUUUAUUUAUUUUAAAGCCCCAAAGUUAUGCCCUUGAUGUAAUCAUUAUAUUGUCGAAAUGUACCCACCGUCGUGAGCUGUCAAAGAUAACAGACAUGAAAGAAUUGUCAACGCCUUCAUUGUUGUAUUUAGCAAAGUAGCAAACGCUCCGCCUCGCUUCCCUGAACACACUGCAGGCGUCCGUUUCUAUGGUAACCAUCAACACUUCCCACCCUGCCUUAGCGACAGGGGAAUCGUCUGGCAGGGGGAAAAAAAAUUGGUUUAUCGAGAGUUAACAUUUCCUCUUGAGCUGAGACAAUUCUUUCCGCAAAUGACUGACCAAAAUGGACGAAGAUGACGCGUCGGAUGUGGAAAACGGGGAAGAUAAUCAGGAAGACAAUCAAGAAGAGGAGGAGGAAGAAGAGGAGGAGGAAGAGUACGAAGCCGUUGAGCUUCGCCCACUGAGUCAAGAUAUCAUCAUUCCCGGUCUCUCUUUGCUGUGCCGAACAGGGAACGGACUGAGGCACGCGUUCAUUAAAGUGGUCCUGAGUGACAAAGGACUAAGCGACAUUGUUGCCAUCAGCAAUUACAUUCAUCUACGUUUCAUGGACGUGUCCAGCAACCGCAUUUCCGACCUUUCACCCCUGGCGUCUCUCACCCAGCUUCUUUGGCUCAAGGUUGACAGGAAUAUCGUAACCUACUUCCAAGGACAAGCCUUCGCUCAGCUAGCCUACCUGCAGUGGCUGAGUAUGGCUGGAAACCGGCUCACAGACGUGGAUGGUCUUGUUGGACCGUCUUUGGAGAGUCUUAUUCUUUCAGAGAACCGAAUACAGACUAUAAACGGUCUCGAAAGUGGACAUUUUUCCAAACUGGUGACACUGGAGCUGAGGGGAAAUCGCUUAAGUACAACCAAAGGCAUCAACCUUCCCAACCUGCAGCGGUUAUAUCUGGCCCAAAAUGCUAUUAAAAGUCUGGAGGGCUUGGAUCAGUUGCAGAGCCUCACCACUCUCCACCUUCGUAAAAACAAACUAGCUAAUGUUGACGGGCUCAGCUCCGAAAUGAAAUGUCUCCAGUACCUCAACAUCAGCAACGAUAUCCUAGACGAGACCUGCCUGCGGUCGCUUGGCCAAGUGUCAAAAACCCUGCGAGUCUUGAUCCUGUCUGAGAAUCCACUAGACGGGAACGCAGACUACCGACCGUAUGUUCUAACUCUGAUUCCCAACCUGGAACGUCUUGAUAAAGAGCCGGUUUCCCUUGAGGAGAGAGCUGAGGUGUGGAAGGCAGUCAAGGAACUCAAUGAAGACGGCUAAAGUGGAACUUUGCAGGAAACCCUCCAUGAACUUCCUGGAAAAGACGAAUGUCUACACUAAAAACCUUAAAACCUGCAUAUAUAUUUAACAGUAACAUUGGAUGGGCUAUAUGUCAGAUUCCUGGUGAAAAUAUGAGACCUGUAAUUCCACUCGCACACCUUGUCAUCGAGCCGUUUCAUGUCUUGAAAGAAGUGGGUGUAGCUCUGGUUCUGGGAAAUUUUGUUGCAACGCAACCGCAAAUUACUUUGUAGAGGAAGAAUAUAAGGGCAAAAGCCACUGCAACAAUAACAACGUUGAAAUGAUUGACAUAUCCACCUGAGACCCAGCGAUGGACAAGCGUUUUAAACGCAUAUACAAGAAUAAAAGCAGUUGUGCUGUG